AUGGAAAAGAACAAAAAAAGACGCAAUCAUUUUCGUUAUAAUCAAAACGUAAAACAAAAAUGGGUGGAAUCAGGCUGUUGCGGAUUAUUCUUCACGUGUAAUGGAAAUGAAAGGCAAGCAGUACGUGAAGCAUAUAAUGUAAUUGAACAAGCUCUGGAAACAUGGAAAAAGAAUAGUCCAGCAGAAGAUUCCGAUGAUAACGGGAAAUGUAUUAAUUCCGGUAGUGAUGAGGAAGAUGUCGCAGAUUCGGUGAAACGAUUCUGUGAUCAAGCACGAAGCGAUAACAGGAAUGUGAAAAAGCGGAAAAUAUGGCAGCGACCAACUGGUGCGAAUAAUUGCUUAUUUUUUGUUGUGAAAGGUGUAAAUGACCAGAACGUAUAUGAUUUUGUGGAUUAUCUUGUUGAAAUGGUGCUAAGAGAGCGGUGCUGUCGUCUGCUGCAACGGGUGUGGCCGGUGGAAAGGACUUGCCGAGUGGAUAUGGUCGAGUUAGAUACGGAAGUGAGUCGACUGAUCUCGAAGCAUUUCCAUUCGGCCGAAGACGGAAAAUGGCCAACAUAUUUGUUCGAUUUUAAGGCGCGAAAUAAUGAUAGUUUGGGAAAGGGUGAUGUUAUGGAUAUGGUACUGUUGGCCCUGAAACAAUUGGCACCAGACAGUCAUGUUUCUCUGGAUAACCCACAUAUUGUUGUAUUAGUACAGAUUGUGCACAAAUCCGUGAUGCUCUCAUGCAUCAAACACUUCAUCGCACGAAGAAAACUCAGCUUGCACCAUAAAGAAUAA